AUGAUGACAUCCAAAGAAGUGGCCAAAUGUGAUGCGGGGGAAAACAGGAGGCGAAGCCCGUUGGACCACUUGCCGCCCCCCGCCAACUCCAACAAGCCGCUGACCCCCUUCAGCAUCGAGGACAUCCUCAACAAGCCGUCCGUCAAGCGAAGUUACACCAUUUGUGGCACGGCUCAUCUCAUUUCGUCCAGCGAGAAGCACCGCGCCUCCAGCCUGCCUCUGUCCAGCCGAGCUCUGCUCACCCAAACGUCGCCGCUGUGCGCCCUGGAGGAGCUGGCCAGCAAAACAUUUAAAGGGCUGGAAGUCAGCGUGCUACAGGCGGCAGAAGGCCGCGACGGCAUGACUCUAUUCGGCCAGAGAACCACCCCGAAGAAGCGCCGGAAGUCCCGCACGGCCUUCACUAAUCAUCAAAUCUACGAGCUGGAGAAGCGCUUCUUGUACCAGAAGUACUUGUCCCCUGCCGACCGGGACCAGAUCGCCCAGCAGCUCGGCUUGACCAACGCGCAGGUCAUCACGUGGUUCCAGAACCGCAGGGCCAAGCUAAAGCGGGACCUGGAGGAGAUGAAGGCCGACGUCGAGUCGGCCAAAGCCAUCGGUCAGGUCCCCUUGGACAAGUUGGCCAAGCUGGCCGACCUGGAGAAAUGCGCCAACGGCACGCUGGGCCAUCCACGAGUCGACUCCCCCACGCGGGCAGGCCAGCAGGAGCACGAGCUCGGCCAGAAACUAAGGAGGUCCCCGCUGUCCCCUUUCUCAGACCACACAACGAGCAAAGAGUGCUCAGAGGACGAGGAUGUGGAGAUUGACGUGGAUGACUGA